GUCAAUUCGCGUGCUCUUCUUUUCUUUGAUGAACACUUUGUGAAUGAUUACAGAAUGGGUCUCGUAAGCGAUCGUUAUCGAUUUGUGAUACUUGCAAUCGGAUUGAUGUGUCUAACCAGUAUCUGUUCGAACUAUAUUAUUAUUAAUUUUACUUUUAUCUGUAUGAGGGAGGACAUGUCAGAAGUCAUAGACGAUGGCAAUGGAACCCUUCGAAGCAUUUAUGACUAUACGCAAUCCGAGAAAAGUGCCAUUAUUUGGGCUGUAGCUGCUGGCACUAUUGUGGGAACUUUUCCCAUCAACUAUCUUUAUAUCAAAUAUGGAGCACGAUACCCCUUUCUGGCUGCUGGUACACUAUCCAUCGUUUCAACUUUACUGAUCCCUCUAGCUGCCAAGAUUGGUCUUCCUUUUCUCGUGUUUAUACGAUUUUUGCAGGGACUGGCCUACUCGGCUGAUUUUGCUGCCAUUGGAUUAAUGUGUGUGAGAUGGGCCCCGCUUACAGAAGUAGCCAUAUUUAUUUCUAUUCUCACAGCAUUUACUCCUACCUCAGCCAUUCUUACCAAUGUUAUUACCGGUUAUUUAUGCACCUCCUCUCUCGGAUGGCGAUCAUCAUACUACCUACAUGGAAUAUUUGGAAUAGUCGUUUUUGGCUUAUGGUUUGUUUUCUACAAAGAUGAUCCACAGCUGUGCAGACGGGUCUCGAAAGUAGAACUGCUGCACAUCCAGAAUGACAAAAGUGCCGAUCAUAUUGAGCACAAGCAGGACGUUCCCUAUAAGGCUCUUCUAACCAGUCCAGUAAUCCUCUGUGUAUGGUUCAAUGCAUUUUGUGAAAUGUCUUCGAUGAUCAUGCUCUCUACCUAUACCCCAAUCUACUUUCGACGGGUUUUUGGAUUUGAAGUAGAAACUACUGGCGUACUCAUCUCACUGACUACGGUAGCUCAACUGCCACUCAAAGUCACAGCAGCCUAUUGCAGUGAUCGAAUCACCUUCCUUUCCGAGCGAGUCAAAAUGAAUAUCUUCAAUACGAUAGCAGUUGGUGUGGUUGGAGUGAUAUUCUGCGUAGUUGGUUUCAUCCCAUUGGAACUGAAAUGGGUGGCAGUCAUCAUGUUUUCCCUUCUUCAUGCCCUCAGCAGCUGCAACUGUGGUGGCUUCUACAAGUGCGGAACGCUUCAUGCAAGGCAACAUGCCCAUGUCGUCAUUGCUACAAUUCAAUUUAUGAAAUGCAUAGCGCUUUUCACUGGACCAGCUUUGGUAGCAGGCAUCGUGGAUGAUGAAUCCAACAAAAUGCAAUGGGCAAUUGUGUUCGUUAUCUCGGGUGCCGUCAUGAUUCUGGUAACUUUUUUUAAUUACAGCAACUGA